GCCAGACUUCAGUUCCCACAGAUAUAAAGCGGCUGGUCGGAGAGCAGAGACAGAUCAGACCGCAGCAGGAGAACCAGAGAAGAAGAAGAAGAUCAGUACUCUCCAGAGCACAGAGCUCAACACUCCUUUCUGACUGAAGUGAAGAUGUCUGCAGCUAAAGGUGUGGCGAUCGGCAUCGACCUGGGCACCACCUACUCCUGUGUGGGGGUUUUCCAGCACGGGAAAGUAGAAAUCAUCGCCAACGACCAGGGCAACAGGACCACCCCGAGCUAUGUGGCGUUCACCGACUCCGAGAGGCUGAUCGGGGACACGGCCAAGAACCAGGUGGCUCUGAACCCCAGCAACACCGUGUUCGAUGCCAAGAGACUGAUUGGGAGAAAGAUGGACGAUCCAGUGGUGCAGGCUGACAUGAAGCACUGGUCCUUCAAGGUGGUCGGAGACGGAGGGAAGCCCAAAAUCCAGGUGGAAUACAAAGGGGAGGACAAAACCUUCAGCCCCGAGGAGAUCUCCUCCAUGGUCCUGGUGAAGAUGAAGGAGAUCGCUGAGGCCUACCUCGGCCACAAGGUGUCCAACGCGGUCAUCACGGUCCCGGCGUACUUCAACGACUCCCAGCGGCAGGCGACUAAAGACGCGGGCGUCAUCGCAGGACUGAACGUCCUGAGGAUCAUCAACGAGCCGACGGCAGCCGCCAUCGCCUACGGUCUGGACAAAGGCAAGUCGGGAGAGCGCAACGUCCUGAUCUUCGACCUGGGCGGAGGCACCUUCGACGUGUCCGUCCUCACCAUCGAAGACGGGAUCUUCGAGGUCAAAGCCACGGCCGGAGACACUCACCUGGGCGGAGAAGACUUUGACAACCGCAUGGUCAACCACUUUGUGGAGGAGUUCAAGAGGAAACACAAGAAGGACAUCAGCCAGAACAAGAGGGCCUUGAGGAGGCUGCGCACAGCUUGCGAGAGGGCCAAGAGAACCCUGUCCUCCAGCUCCCAGGCCAGCCUCGAGAUCGAUUCUCUGUUUGAGGGCGUCGACUUCUACACCUCCAUCACCAGGGCUCGCUUUGAGGAGCUGUGCUCCGACCUGUUCAGGGGAACGUUGGAGCCCGUGGAGAAAGCCCUGAAGGACGCCAAAAUGGACAAGGGGCGGAUCCACGACGUCGUCCUGGUGGGAGGCUCCACCCGAAUCCCCAAAGUCCAGAAGCUCCUGCAGGAUUUCUUCAACGGCAGGGAGCUGAACAAGAGCAUCAACCCAGACGAGGCGGUGGCUUACGGCGCCGCCGUCCAGGCCGCCAUCCUCACGGGUGAUACCUCGGGCAACGUCCAGGACCUGCUGCUGCUGGACGUGGCGCCUCUGUCCCUGGGUAUCGAGACGGCCGGAGGAGUCAUGACGUCCCUGAUUAAGCGCAACACCACCAUCCCCACUAAACAGACCCAGAUCUUCAGCACCUACUCCGACAACCAGCCCGGGGUCCUGAUCCAGGUCUACGAAGGGGAAAGAGCCAUGACCAAGGACAACAACCUGCUGGGCAGGUUUGAGCUGACGGGAAUCCCGCCCGCUCCGCGAGGGGUCCCGCAGAUCGAGGUCACCUUCGACGUGGACGCCAACGGCAUUUUGAACGUGUCUGCGGUGGACAAAAGCACCGGCAAAGAGAACAAGAUCACCAUCACCAACGAUAAGGGCCGGCUGAGCAAGGAAGAGAUCGAGAGGAUGGUGCAGGACGCCGACAAAUACAAAGCUGAGGACGACCUUCAGAGGGAGAAAGUCUCCGCCAAGAACUCCCUGGAGUCCUACGCCUUCAACACGAAGAGCGCCGUGCAGGACGAGAAGGUGAAGGGCCAAAUUAGCGAGGAGGACCGGAAGAAGCUGAUUGAGAAGUGUGACGAGACCAUCAGCUGGCUGGAGAACAACCAGCUGGCUGAUAAAGAGGAGUACCAGCACCAGCAGAAGGAGCUGGAGAAAGUGUGUAACCCCAUCAUCAGCAAGUUGUAUCAGGGAGGAAUGCCCGCCGGAAGCUGUGGAGAGCAGGCACGAGCCGGCUCCCAGGGGCCCACCAUUGAGGAGGUGGACUAA